AUGUCAAAAAUCGAUGUCAAGUAUUCAGAGCUGAACCGGCCUUCGCUGUCACUGGAGUUCUUCCCUCCCAAAACUGACUCCGGUAAGAGUAACCUGUUGGCGAGAAUCGAACGCAUGAGUGCAAUGGAUCCACUAUUCAUAACUGUAACAUGGGGUGCAGGCGGUUCUACGGCAGAGAAGACAUUAGAACUUGCGGCGCUGGCACAACGCGAGCUAAAUAUUCCUGUGUGUAUGCACCUGACAUGCACGAAUAUGGACAGAACGAUACUGGACAAGGCCCUAAUGCGAGCUAAAGAGGCGGGAAUCCGUAACAUCCUGGCACUACGAGGUGACAUGCCGCUUGCCGCAGACGAAGAGGAGCAUGUUGACGGGGGGUUCCUCUACGCAAUCGAUUUGGUUCGUUAUAUCAAGAUGCAGUACGGUGACUACUUCUGUAUUGGAGUCGCAGCGUAUCCCGAUGGCCACUGCGAGGGGGAGGCAGACGGCAUGGAGCAGGAUCCGAUGCGCGACUUACCUUAUUUAAAGGAAAAGGUGGAAGCAGGGGCCAGUUUUGUGAUUACACAGCUGUUUUAUGAUGUGGAGAAGUUCCUGGCCUUUGAGGAGCUUUUCCGUAGGGAGAUCUCCGAAACGAUUCCUGUUUUCCCUGGUCUGAUGCCGAUCAAUUCAUUUAUGUUAUUCAAUCGAGCUGCGAAGCUCUCCCACGCCUCGAUUCCUUCGCAUAUCCUGGACAGAUUUCCACAUCAUAUCCGGCAUGAUGAUCUGAAGGUGAAGGAGAUCGGGGUCGAGAUAAUGGUGGAAAUAGUGAAUAAAGUCUGGGAAAGGACCUCGGGGCGCAUCAAGUGCUUCCACUUCUACACAUUAAACCUGGAGAAGUCCAUUGCACAGAUAGUUACGCAAUCACCUGUUUUGUCCAGGAUAAUCGAUGAAGACUCAGAAGUAGAGGAUUCCAGCGGGGAUGUCGUCGUGGAGGAUGCGAACGCAUCUGAAGCAGAUGAUCUAAGUUACAAAAAGCGGAGAAGGCAGUCUAGCAUGCAAGGCGAACCGGAGUCCGGAAUGGUGAUGCUGGAUGGCCCCCGUAGAUUUAGUGUCCGGGGGGCUGUUCCAUCGCGCAAGGUCGUGAUUUCAAUUUCGAAGGGCUCGGGUACUUUGGGGCGCGAUGCAACCUGGGACGAGUUCCCAAACGGUCGCUUUGGUGACUCCCGGUCUCCUGCCUACGGUGAAAUAGACGGCUAUGGCCCCUCCCUAAAAGUGAGCAAUAAGAAGGCAUACCAAAUAUGGGGUUAUCCAAGCACACUAAAUGACAUUAAGUCUCUCUUUAUUGGGUAUCUCGAGGGUUCAAUCGAGGCACUGCCGUGGUGCGACCUCGGCCUGUCGCCAGAAACCGCCCUCAUACAAGAAGAACUGAUUGGGCUCAACCAGCGCGGUUUUCUCACGCUGGCAUCGCAGCCUGCCACCAAUUCAACUCCAAGUGCAGACAAGAUAUUCGGCUGGGGACCGCCUGGCGGGGUCGUCUACCAGAAAGCAUUUGUGGAACUGUUUGUGGAAAAGGCCAGGUGGGAGGCGGAACUGAAGCCGCGGCUUGAGGGCCCCGACAGCAAGUUCAGCUACUACUUUGGCGACAGCGCCGGUAGCUUUGCCUCAAACAUGGCCCCCGAAAGCUCAAGCGUAGUCACAUGGGGCGUUUUCCCAAACUCACAGAUUCUCCAGACCACCAUCAUUGAGGAGGAAUCAUUCAAGGCCUGGCGUGACGAGGCAUUCAGUAUCUGGCUCUCCUGGAGCAAGCUCUUUCCCCGCAAUUCCCCGCACAACGCUUUCCUCAGAGGCAUCCACAGAGACUACUGCCUAGUGUCCAUUGUUCAUCAUGACUUCUCCAGCGUCGACGAGCUAUGGGAGACGUUGCUACGCUGA